AUGAAACCUGUUAUUUAUAUGAUUUCACCAACGAGUGAAUCCUUUGAAUCUACAAACAAAAGAUAUGUUCUCGAACGAUAUCCUUCACGAAAACGUGGCACUGCUGAGUAUAAUCCAUUGUACGAUACAUUUCAACCAUUAACAUCACAGUUCAGUUACCAACGACAGCAUCGAUCAGGGAAUAUAUAUGAAAAACCAAACACAAUCUAUUAUGACAACGAUCAACGACAACAAGUAUUUUCACGAUCCAGAAAUACGGCGUCAUCUCCGACGAGUGAAAUUGAAUUUGUCAUGGAUAAAUUGGGUGGGGAUAAAAAUGUCAAUCAAGAUUUGGAACAUGGAAAACAACCACAGAAAGCCAAACGACGAACUUUACUGCAUAAUUUCUUUGAUUUUAUCGCAAUUGCAGCAACCUGUCUUAUUUUUGGUCUUAUCUAUUUGUUAAUCAAACCAACACAACGUGGUUUCUAUUGUGAUGAUACAUCAAUUCAAUAUCCAAACAAACCCGAUACUAUUCCGAUGUGGUUGUUAGGCAUCUAUGGAGGAAUAGGUCCGGUUGUUAUUUUCUGCAUCGUGGAAAUCUGGGUGGUACGUCCCUUUCAUUGUGGCCGAGGGCCAAGUAGAAAAAGCCUCAAACAGCGACGAGUUGAUUAUCUUAAAACGAUUCUGGAAUCAACCUUUCUGUUUCUUCUCGGUAUCGCAAUUUGUUUUCUUAUCACUGAAGUUGGCAAACGCACUAUCGGUCGAUUGAGACCGUACUAUCUGACUAUUUGUAACCCUAUUUGGGCGGAUAUUCAAUGCACAAAGAGCGUCACAACAGCCAGCGGUGUCAUACAAAUUCCUCAGUAUGUCAUUGAUCAUCAUUGCAAUACAACAGCAUCAGCUACUCAACUUCAAGAAGCGAAAUUAUCAUUUCCAUCAGGUCAUUCAAGUUAUUCGACAUUUGCGUUUGUUUUUCUCUUUGUUUAUUUUGAAGCGCGUCUGGUUUGUCCGAAAAUUCAAUUUUUAAAACCAUUUCUUCAAUGUUUAUGCAUUGCUGUUGCUUUCUUUACAUGCUUGUCACGUGUGACUGACUUUAAACACCAUCCGACAGAUGUUAUUGGUGGAGCAAUUAUUGGCUUUUGUAUUGCAGUUUUUGCUGCGGUUCGCAUUGGAACAUAUUUAUGGAGUUUCAGUGUCUACUGUGAAACAGAAGAUGAAACAGAAAAGGAUCGUUUACCAGAUGAAGAACGUAUUCCAAUACCCGGAGUUAAAACUAAACAAAAUGGUACCCUACGUGUCGAUGACCAUCUGCAAUUAGAAUCGAUGCAUCAAUCACCAGCAAUGUCACGUGCUCAUAAUAGUAUUUCCACUCGAUCGACCUAUGACAACAACUCAUCUAUGCAACCAAAUCAACAUCAAAGAAGUGGUCCAUAUCCAAUGGCAAGUAAUGGACGACGCAUUGCACCUGAAAGUGCCAAUAUGUAA